UGGAGGCGAGAGGAAUAAUUUUUGUAUAUGGCCUUUCACGUAGCUUGCCCAAUUACAUGUCGUCGGAUCUGCAAUUGCUCCCUAGGGUUUUCUCGGGAUCUCCGUGGAGCCAAUGCGAAAGAGGAGUUUUUGAAAGAGGUUAAUCGAGUGGAGGAGUUUCUCAAGGAUCCUUGUGUUUCUUCUAAGGUUUUCAAUGGAGGUACCGUUCAAGUUAGGGUUCCUAAGGUUGUUCCUGCUCCUCAGACGGUUUCGAUUUUGGGGGUUGGAGAUGGUGCUAUUGCUUCUGGAGUUGAUGAUUUGGCGGAGGAAGCUUCUGCUCAGAAGAAACGUGUUGCUCUUCAGAGACAAGCUGCUGUUACGGUUGAAGCUGCUGAGGAUUAUGCUCGUAGGUUUGAAUCUGGGGUCAAUGACCUUACCUCAAACGAUCAUGCUGGUGAAGAAGUAGUUCACUCCGGCAUGAAUAUAAUGUGCAGAAUGUGCUUUCUAGGAGAAGGUGAAGGAAGUGAGAGAGCAAGGAGGAUGCUUUCCUGUAAAACCUGUGGAAAGAAGUAUCACAAGAAUUGUUUAAAGUCUUGGGCUCAACAUAGAGAUUUAUUUCAUUGGAGUUCAUGGAAUUGUCCCUCUUGCCGGGUUUGUGAGGUCUGCCGUAGAACAGGAGAUCCUAACAAAUUCAUGUUCUGCAAAAGGUGUGAUGCUGCUUACCAUUGUUAUUGCCAACAUCCUCCACACAAGAAUGUAAGUUCUGGGCCAUAUCUCUGCCCAAAGCAUACAAGAUGCCACAGCUGUGAUUCUACUGUCCCUGGAAAUGGCCUAAGUGUCAGGUGGUUUUUAUCAUAUACUUGCUGUGAUGCUUGUGGCAGAUUGUUUGUGAAGGGAAAUUAUUGCCCUGUAUGCUUGAAGGUGUAUAGGGAUUCGGAAUCAACCCCAAUGGUAUGCUGCGAUAUUUGUCAACGCUGGGUGCAUUGCCAUUGCGAUGGAAUAAGUGAUGACAAAUAUCUGCAGUUUCAAGUUGACGGAAAGCUACAAUAUAAAUGUGCCACAUGCCGUGGGGAGUGUUAUCAGGUGAAGGAUCUUCAGGAUGCAGUUCAAGAACUUUGGAAGAAAAAAGAUGUGGUGGACAAAGAGUUGAUUGCUAGUUUAAGGGCUGCUGCUGGUUUGCCAACAGACGAGGAAAUAUUUUCGAUAUUUCCAUUUUCAGAUGAUGAUGAAAAUGGACCCGUAUCUGGGCGCUCACUGAAGUUUUCUAUCAAAGGUUUGGUGGAAAAAUCCCCAAAGAAAAGUAAGGAGUAUGGGAAACACUCUUUAAGUAAAAAGCAUGCUAGUAAAAAAGGUAGUCACACUAAGUUAGAGCCUGAACUUCAUCAGGAGGUUGGAUCUGAGAAACUCCGACUAGGUGGUGCUAGAAUUGACAAUUUGGGGUUUCAGAUAAACGAACAAUCAGACGUUAAUUCUUCUGUAGCUGGAAUUUGCUCAACACAUGAACCUAAGAUUGUAAAACACAAGAGGGUUGAUGAUGUUAUGGUGACUGAUGAAGAAAAGCCAUCAAGGAUAGUCAGAAUAAAGUGUAGCAAGCCUCAUGAUUCUGAUAGCGAGGAUACCCUAAGGAAUGCAGGGGAGGAGAAAUCUGUAAAGGCAAAGAAGUUGGUUAUUAAUCUGGGUGCUAGGAAAAUAAAUGUCAGUGGUUCUUCGAAGUCCAAUGUGGUUUCUCAUUUAUCGAGGGACAAAGAUCAGUCCACUUUGGGUGGAGAUAAAGUUGAUCAGACUGGCGAAGUAAGAACCCUGAAGAUCUCUGGAAGGUUUGGGAAAACUCAAUCUGAAGGAAGUAAAGCUACAUUUGGGUCGAUCACACAGUUCCCUGCAUCAACAAGUGAAGGAAAUCAUGUGGAUGACAAAACAUCCAUCUCACCAGCGUUACAGAAAGAAGCAAGACCUCUGCUGAAAUUUAAACUCAGGAAACCUAAUUCAGGAGAUCAGACAUCUUCGGUUACAACGCAGUCUGAAGAUGAAAAACUGAGUUCUGCGAAGGGCCAAAGAUCAAAGAGAAAGAGACCUUCAAGCUUAGUGGACAUGGCUUCAUUGAAAGAGGACGGUGAAGCUACAACACAUUCUCAUCAGGAUAGUUCAAGGAACGACGAGAUGAUGGAUGCUAACUGGAUUUUGAAAAAGUUGGGUAAAGAUUCAAUAGGAAAGAGAGUCGAAGUCCAUGGAUCUCAAAACUCAUGGCAUAAGGGAACAGUGACAGACGUUUCUGGAGACACAUCCACAUUGUCGGUUUCUCUAGAUGAUGGAAGCAUCAAGACAUUUGAACUUGGGAAGCACAGUGUCCGCUUCAUACCGCAAAAGCAAAAGAGGUCGAGGAGCUGAUUGGACCAUCGAGCAGUGCUUUAGUCACUAACUUUCUGCGUGCGAGCCAUGAAGAAGAUUUGAUUGUUGGGGCAUUUCAUACUUUUAUAGGUCUUUCUGGUGGUAAUCAUCAGUAAGAUGGAAAGUGCCAAACUGUGUAGAUAUUACUUGUGGUAUUGAAGGUAGCUAUGAUCUGGUUAAGACUCAAUUGGUCGUUCCCUGUAACUUACUCA